GCAAUGGAGACAAUUAUAGCGGCAAUGGAUUGCCAAACUUGUGAUGAAAAGGUUCAAGAACAAACAGCAAGAGCACUCAUGAUGUUGGGAGGUUAUGUUUCUGAGGCAACACCAGAAAAUUUGCUUUUAAAACAAGGAGGUCUCCAUGAGAAAGAUGAUUCUUUCUACAGCAAGAGAGUAGUAGCUUUUGAUGAAACCUUGAAUGAAGAGGAACAGGCAACAGAAAUCUGGCAAAAAGUGGCAGCAAUUGCCUUGGUGAAGAGUAGCAACAAGAGUUUGUUUUCAGCACUUUCAAAUUGCAUAGGCAAUGGGAUUCCAAGUUUAGCAAGAGCAAGCCUCUUCACAGUUGCAUGGCUGAGCAGGUUUCUCCAUUCUCUUGGUGAUGAAAAUUUGCUGUCAAUGGCAUGCUCAAUCCUUGCUCCUCAACUGCUACAAUCCUCAAGCUAUGACAGAGCUCAUGAAGAACAAGCAUUGGCUUCAUUUUCAUUAGAAUGUCUCACAAAAUCUUCAGAUUAUUUCUCCAUGCUCUCAUCAUUGGAAAAAGACUUCUCUGGCCCUCUUUGGAAUCCUUGUUAAUCUCCAUAACUUUGGGUUGUCAGCACGGUAACGUUACUUGUUAUCAUAUUCGGUAAAGUUUCAAGGUAUAAAUCAUGAUGUCGUGAUAAUGUAUAAAUAUGUUUUGAUAAUUCAAUAAAUUAUUAAUACUAUUUUACAAACAAAAACAUCGAUCAUUACACAUUAUCAAAAUAUUAUUAUUCGUCA